AUGCGGCUGUUCGCGCUCUCUGCUCUGCUGCUGCUCUGCUCCGGGACAGGGCGGACUCUGCAGAUCCAGUGCUAUCAGUGUGAAAUGACCCAGGACUGCGCUGCUCCAGAGUUCAUCGUUAACUGCACCGUGAACGUUCAAGACAUGUGUCAGAAAGAAGUGCUCGUUAUGGACGAUGGGACUCACUACCGCAAGUCGUGUGCGUCUUCCGGAGCCUGUCUCAUCGCCUCGUCCGGAUACCAGCAGUUCUGCACAGGGAAGCUCCACUCUGUCUGCAUCAGCUGCUGCAACACACCUCUCUGUAACGGACCACGACAGAAGAGACGUCCCCUGCUGUCGUCCACGUCUGUCCCAGUGCCCAGGAUACAGCUACUGCUACUGCUGCUACUGCUGCUGGGACCUCUGUGCUGA